UCUGAGAGCCAAGCGAAGAACAUUAAGGAAGAGAAGAGGAAUGAGGCUGGAUACAGUGCAGUGAAAAGAGGCACUUCAAGGAGAGGGGUACCUGCUACCCAGCGACGGGACUGUGUCAUCAGAAUGAGAACUUAUCGGUACUUCUUGCUGCUCUUUUGGGUUGGUCAGCCGUACCCAACUUUCUCAGCUCCAUUAUCUAAGAGGACUAGUGGUUUCCCAGCAAAGAAAAGGGCCGUGGAGCUCUCUGGAAACAGCAAAAAUGAGCUGAACCGUUCGAAAAGGAGCUGGAUGUGGAAUCAGUUCUUUCUCUUGGAGGAAUAUACAGGAUCGGAUUAUCAGUAUGUGGGCAAGUUACAUUCAGACCAGGAUAGAGGAGAUGGAUCACUUAAAUAUAUCCUUUCAGGAGAUGGAGCAGGAGAUCUCUUCAUUAUCAAUGAAAACACAGGGGACAUACAGGCCACCAAGAGGCUAGACAGGGAAGAAAAACCCGUGUACAUCCUUCGAGCUCAAGCUAUAAACAGAAGGACAGGGAGACCUGUGGAGCCUGAGUCUGAAUUCAUCAUCAAGAUCCAUGACAUCAAUGACAACGAGCCAAUAUUUACCAAGGAGGUUUACACGGCCACUGUUCCCGAAAUGUCUGAUGUCGGCACAUUUGUUGUCCAAGUCACUGCAACUGAUGCUGACGAUCCAACGUAUGGAAACAGUGCUAAAGUUGUCUAUAGUAUUCUACAGGGGCAGCCCUAUUUUUCAGUUGAAUCAGAGACAGGUGUCAUCAAGACAGCUUUGCUCAACAUGGAUCGAGAAAACAGGGAGCAGUACCAAGUGGUGAUUCAAGCAAAGGAUAUGGGCGGCCAGAUGGGGGGAUUAUCUGGGACCACCACAGUGAACAUCACUCUGACUGACGUCAAUGACAACCCUCCACGGUUUCCUCAGAGUACAUACCAGUUUAAAACCCCUGAAUCUUCUCCACCUGGUACACAAAUCGGCAGGAUCAAAGCCAGCGACGCCGACAUAGGAGAAAAUGCUGAAAUUGAGUACAGCAUUACAGAAGGAGAGGGACUGGACAUGUUUGAUAUCGUCACUGACCAGGAAACCCAGGAAGGGAUUAUAACUGUCAAAAAGCUCUUGGACUUUGAAAAGAAGAAAGUGUACACCCUCAAAGUGGAAGCCUCCAAUCCUCACGUUGAACCCCGCUUUCUCUACCUGGGUCCGUUCAAAGAUUCAGCCACGGUUAGAAUUAUGGUGGAAGAUGUAGAUGAGCCCCCCGUCUUCAGCAAACUGGCCUACAUCCUACAAAUAAGAGAAGAUGCUCAGAUAAACAUGACAAUAGGCUCGGUCUCAGCCCAAGAUCCAGAUGCUGCCAGGAAUCCUGUCAAGUAUUCUGUCGAUCGACACACAGAUAUGGACAGAAUAUUCAACAUUGAUUCUGGAAAUGGUUCAAUUUUUACAUCGAAACUUCUUGACCGUGAAACAUUGCUGUGGCACAACAUUACAGUGAUAGCAACAGAGAUCAAUAAUCCAAAGCAAAGCAGCCGUGUACCUCUGUAUAUUAAAGUUCUAGACGUCAAUGACAAUGCCCCAGAAUUUGCUGAAUUCUAUGAAACUUUUGUCUGUGAGAAAGCAAAAGCAGAUCAGUUGAUUCAGACCCUGCGAGCCAUUGACAAGGACGACCCUUACAGCGGACACCAAUUUUCAUUCUCCUUGGCCCCUGAAGCAGCCAGUGGCUCAAACUUUACCAUUCAAGACAACAAAGACAACACAGCGGGAAUCCUAACUCGGAAAAACGGCUAUAAUAGACACGAGAUGAGCACCUAUCUCCUGCCUGUGGUCAUUUCAGACAACGACUACCCAGUUCAAAGCAGCACUGGGACAGUGACUGUCCGGGUCUGUGCAUGUGACCACCACGGGAACAUGCAGUCCUGCCACGCGGAGGCCCUCGUCCACCCCACGGGACUGAGCACGGGGGCUCUGAUUGCCAUCCUACUGUGCAUCGUGACCCUACUAGUGACAGUGGUGUUGUUUGCAGCUCUGAGGCGGCAGCGGAAAAAAGAACCUUUGAUCAUUUCCAAAGAGGACAUCAGAGACAACAUUGUCAGUUACAACGACGAAGGUGGUGGAGAGGAGGACACCCAGGCCUUUGAUAUCGGCACUCUGAGGAAUCCCGAAGCCAUAGAGGACAGCAAAUUACGCAGGGACAUUGUGCCCGAAGCCCUUUUUCUACCGCGACGGACUCCAGCCGCUCGUGAUAACACCGACGUCCGAGAUUUCAUUAACCAAAGGUUAAAGGAGAAUGACACGGACCCCACUGCUCCGCCCUACGACUCCUUGGCCACCUAUGCCUACGAGGGCACGGGCUCGGUGGCCGAUUCCCUGAGCUCGCUGGAGUCGGUGACCACGGAUGGAGACCAAGACUAUGAUUACCUUAGUGACUGGGGCCCUCGCUUCAAAAAGCUAGCAGAUAUGUACGGAGGGGUAGACAGUGACAAAGACUCCUAGUAUGUUGCCUUUUUUCAUUUUCCAAUACGAAGCUGAAAUACGUGAAGUGGCUAUUUCUUUCUAUUUAUCCACUAUUCCGUGAAGGGUUCUCUGUUCUACCCGUUCCACAAGCCAAUGGCUGCAGUCCGUGUGGAUCCAAUAUUAGAGACUCUUUUCUAGUACACUUUUAUGAGCUUCCAAGAGGCAAAUGUUUAUUUUUUAGUGCAUCCACUUAACCAUGUCAGUCAGCCCAACAGCCACCGUGCUGGAGGAGAGGACAGAGAGUAACCUUUUCCCUUGCUCUCUUAGGGCAAGUUUGGAACAUGCUGAUUCCACUGGCCUGGUCUUUUUGCUACACUCCAUUGACUCAGGUCAGCUGACUGCUCUGACUGUACACUUCACAUGCUAAUGGGAUGAGGGAUUGUGCUUUAAUGAUAAAGAUACAGUUUUAGUAAGAGACAUGAGGAACAACUUCACGGUUGUUCCUGGUAUAUCGGUUCACAAGGAGAUAAUGAACUGUAUAUGGGUGUGUUUCUGUCACAAAGAAUUUAAAAUAUCUGCCCAUCUUGUUUGUUCUUCAAGAACUUUUUCUGACACCAACGACUAUUCAAAACAUCAGAUCCACCAAUGUUUUAAGAUUCUCAUUCCUCUUUAGAAAUAGAAGCAAAUUAAAUGGUAACAUUCCAAAACAACAACCAAAAAGAAAACUUAGUAAGACCUCAUUCCUUGCCACUAACUUAUAAUUUGUUAUAUAUUAGACAUGCAAAAGUUUGCCCUUGCACCAUAUAAAGGAAAAGGGAAAACAGCUAAUAAGGUUGACAAAGGAAAUAUUUAGCAUACUUUAAAGUUUGGGCCACCAAAUAUACCACAGAUUACUUGAAAUUAUUUCAACCAUCAGUAGGCUAAUUAUAAAUAAGUCUAAUUGUUUCAAAGUUCUUGAAGAAACUUUUCUGAGAUAAAUUUUAACUCCUUGUCUGUAGUUGUCCUCAGUAUUAUACUAAUAUACUUGAAAGUAGCAGUGUGAAGUACAAUAAUUCAUAUUCUUCAGAUACUUCUUACACAAUUAAGUUGCAUUAGUAAAGGUAGAUUAAAUAAAACUCAAAUCCUGCUCUCAGAGUUUAAUGGGGAGGUAAGAGCCAGCCACACUUGAACUUGAUACCCUGUCCUUCACGUCUAGAAACAUCUAUCUAUUUAUAUAAUGUGAUAGAUAUAGAUGAACAUUGAGAUCAUGGUGAAAACCUACAUAUUACAUAUUUGGAAGAUGCUUACACAGGGAAAAACUUGAAUUCCUUUCAACAAGAGUGUUUCAGGUUGUAAUUAACAUGAUAGUUGACUUUCAAAAGUAUUAAUAUUUUUUCAUUGUUUUUAACUUUGUUUCCAUGGCAACUCUGCCAGCCUUGUCUUUGAGCUAAUGAUAAAGUAAUGGUCUCAAACUAUGACAGAAAAGUAAUGUACAAUCCAUCCAAUCUAUUAUUUCUGUAAUUAUGCAAUUAGCAUCACAGUUAUUAUCCAGAGGACCCAACUGAACUGAACUAAUCCUUUUGGCAGGUUCAAAUCAUUUAUUUCAUACGGCUGUUCUAAGGACUUUUAUCAUUAGAAUCUGACAUUGUGCAGUCAUCAGAAAUUUCCCAAGUACUGUAAUGAAAACAUCCUUGUUUUGAAAAACUUUAAAAAGACAGGCUGUGUAUAUAUAUAUAAUAUGUACUUAAGAAUAUGCUGACUUCAAUUAUUAGUCUUAGGGGUUUAUUUUCAAUUAAUGUUAAUUUUCUACAGAUAAUCUUAGUGUAAUUUCCAUUUGAGGAUACUGUCAUAUCAGCACAUAUUUUCUACUUGGAAACACACUGUUGUUUAGUUCAGUUUUAAAUAGGCAUAUUACCCAGGAAGUAAAGACGGCACCUUUGAAAUAAGAGAAAUAUAGUAUUUUGGGUUAGCCAAGUAGAGUAAAAAAUUUUUACAAUCUUAUUAUUCCUUGUGUUUCCUGAAUGGUUUCCUAUUUUGUAAUAGACUUCCCUGUAUACUAACAAGUAUUUCAUACUUGGGCUAUUUCUUGCUUUCAGGGUUUUCUUUUGCUAGUUCUUCAUACACACACAGACAUACACACACACAGAGGAAUGCAAACAAAAUACUAUAGGAGGGCUUCACUGUAAUGAGUCAAUAUAUAUCACAGUCACAGGUAAGUGUUGAAAAAAGAUAGCUUAGUAAAGUUAAUUAAUAAGAACUAGUUAUUUAUAGCAAUAGAACAGCACCUUAAUUACCUGACUUACUGUAAAAUUAAAGAGCUCUCUAUCCUUAUGUUUCAUGUCAUGUAACAAAUUGAAUCAAGAAAGUAAGUCCUGUAAAAAGAAAGGUGUCAUCAGAAGUCUUCCUUUUGAACUUUUGGCGUUCCUUGGAAUGUCUGAGGGUUGACACUAGCAACUUCCAAUGUUUAAGGGUAAGGUUUACUCUUUCCUGAGAAGUGAAAGUAAGUAUUUCUGUAGUGGAAUAUUUGAGAUGUAAUUGGCAGGGUAUUUUAUCCCACCCUGAAGAUGAUAUAAUAUACCAAGAACAGGAUAAUAUAACUAAAUACUCAAAUAACUGUCUAAUCUCCUACCGCAAAACCUGAUGAUGAAGUGAAUCUCUAAGAAAUUGGACAAUUUGAGAGUGGAACUGAAUUAGCGUGAAAGUCCUGUAAGUAUCAAAGUGGAGCAAUAUUUUUCUAUAAUUAAGACUCUUUGAUGUCAUGGAAACAAUAAGAGC